CUACACCCGCAACACGAGUUUCUCACCCUCCUCUUCCUUCUUCACGAGCUACUCGUCCACCGUUCUCUUCUUCUUAUUUGCGGUCGUAGGCGUAUGCGUAUGCGCUAAUCCCCAGUCCUGGGAACGCCUAGUAUUUCUGUGCCGUCUUUUUAUUAUUAUUAUUAUUCGUCUUUCCCAUCUUACUGACCCCCCUCCCCUUUUCUCCCCCCCUCUCUUCCGUGAGCCCUCUCCACUACCUUAGGGUUAUUCCUUGUCGCAUCUAUUCUGUCCCUCCUCCGGAGUCUACAGUACUACACAAUGCCCCCACAACUGUUACCGGCUUCGGCUGCCGCUUUUGCGCCGCGAGCUUCUUCCGUCAACGUCGUCCUCGGCUCCAAAGUCGAGCCCUGGCUAACCCAAACUCUAAAGCGCAUCAACAGAGUCAAGAGGCCGCUCAACAGCAUACCACAACACCAAAGAUGCCUAACCGAGACACUCUCGUCGCCAAACGCCAUCUGGACUUUGACAUCCUUGAUGUUGCCUAAGGCUCCCGAGUCCGAGCUACGCCAGGAUUCUAAUCCGCUAGUAGAGGCCAUAUUUAACUAUCAACUAAUACAUAUCGAGGCUUACAUCGUUCAUGUUGAUAUGGUAUUACGGAAUGAAGUCGCUUAUAAGUUGACGCCCGACUCGAUAGAAUCUCUUAUCGAAUAUCACAAGGAUAUCUACUGCGUCAACGCCAAGGCCGACACCUAUGAUUGGCCCGAGAAGGAGCAGCACGCCAAGAAAUUACACGAGGACUUCGUUCAGGCUAUUAACAAGUUCGUUUAUAGAACUCAUGUUUCUGCCCUUGAGGGUUUGGAAGAGGAGGGCGCUGGGGAGUUAUUAUGUGGAAAGAGUGAGGAAGUAAAGAAUAACAUUAUGGGAUUGCUAAACAAGCCGCUACUCCCGCCGCCGCCGAAGAUCGUCGACGUCAUCCGUCAACCACCGUUACUACCUAGUUCGCCGCUGGGCGCGAAUAUUUGGUCGCAGUCUAUGCAUUCGCCUUCCGUGCCCGCUCCGGUUGAGCCAUGGAGAAUUCUACCCUCUAGCCCUAACGCUACCUCAGUGGAAUCGACCGCGCCGAUAUGGGCUAAUAUGACACUGAAUGAAAUUCAAGUGACUUCACCGGGCAUACCGUACAGCCAACCGUACUCCACGGCCGGAAUGUUCUAUAGCUCGCCGAUGGUGACAGCUCCAAUCCCGGCGCUGCCACUCCCUAGCAUGUUGGCGUCGCAGUGCGGUGUAGGCGCUGGAUAUAAUAGUUUCGGUUGGGAUCGAUAUCACGAGUAUACGACGACCAUAUGACAAUCACCGCCUCCCGCGGGGGAUCGCAUGCCAGUGACAACAACCUCUUAGGAGCCUCUGGCUUCAGAUGGUGAUUUCGGUUCUCGUUUCCUCCAAUUCGAAAAAGAUAUCUGCGGCAUAGAUCUCAUCGCGUCCCAGGGCAUUCCGGCGUUUUGCAUCGAUCAGGAGCGAGUUUUUUCGACUGUUCUGGCAUAUAUAAUAAUCUCGGGGUUUCUUAUUUUCUUGUUCUCUUUCUUUUUUAUUUGGCAAGCGAGCGUCUGUUUUUAUAGGGUAUACCUUUACAUCAUCACAACCGCCA